AUGGACUAUAACUUGGCGGUCUCAAGUAAGACACUCUGGCUACGGAAAUCUCGCAAGAGAUCCAAUUGGAGCCAGCACUUCGAAGGGAAGAUCGAGCACUUCACUCUUCCACUCCAACUCCCAUCUCGGCAAGCAUCAAAGCCUCCAAGAGUACCCGCGCCAACUCCUUCUUUACCCAAAGGUUUUCUAGCCUUCCAAGCCACUAAAUGGCAAUUGACCAUUGAAUACUGCGGAGAAUACCAAGUUCAGGGCUCCGAUUUUCAAUUAGGCAUGGCACAGCUUCACCACCAUGAUAGAAGAAUUUAUAGGAGCAGGCAUGGAAAUGAAUCAACAAGCUUUAAACCGACGAGAUGUCUUCGAAGCGGUAAGCCAACAGCACCCGCCGGUGCAACACCAUCAAGACUCAAGACUCUGGAAAGUAAUGUCUAUCUGCCCAUCCUCUCCGACACACUCCGAAUAAUCUGCAAUACCAAGGUAUUGUGCCUUUGUGGGAGGGAAGUUCCAAGCACUCGCACAAACGCAGGAAGAAUGAGAGAAGCUCCUGAAGCAGGCUCAAGCAAAAGGGGCUUCAAUACAUUCUCAUUCUGCGGGUGCUUGGAACUUCCUGAACCGGUACGUAAUGCCGACAAGAAUGUGGUUCUCAAGAUGAGUCCGGUAAGACCUACCAAGAGCUCGUUCGACAGUCACAACAUGAUUUUCAAUGCGAGUCCUAUCGCACCUACAAGCUACUCAGCUGGUGACCAUCAUGGUCCAGGAACUCCUAUUCACUUCUCUCUCUAUCUUUUGGAAUAG